AUGGUUUAUCCUGAUGGUAUUAAUAAGGGUGAAAUUAUUUCAUCAUACCUACAAAAAAAGGCACUAAAUUUAGUUCUAUCAAAUCGGGGAAAACAAGAUUCUAGUGCCACAGGGAUCCAAAAUAAAAUAAAAUUAUUAAAGAGUGAAAAUGAAAAGUUGACUAAGAAAAUUGAAUCAGCUACUUCGAAGAAGAGAACUCUGGCCAUCAAACUAAAAAAACAAGAACAAAAUAGAGAUCUUUAUAUUUCACGAAUGAGAUCAUUAGUUUCGAAAAGAAAAAAU